AUGAAAUUCCAGCCUAAAACCGUGGGAGUUGCGGGUGGAGGAAUUUUGUGUUUUUCUGUAUUAUUUGGAUAUUGGGGAUUCGAUAAAGUGUUGAAUUUUGGGAUUAAAGAUCAAACUGCUUUAAGAAAACGAAACGAAAUAUAUGGAAUUUACUUAGCUCUUCCGUUCGCCAUGGAUUUUAGAGUAUACUUUUUUAACGUGUCAAAUCCAAAUGAAGUGAUGAAAGGUGCCAAACCAAUUCUGAAAGAAGUAGGACCAUAUCGAUAUGAUUUAUGGAAGCAGAAGCGUGAAGUUGUAGACACCAACAUUGACGACAGCUUGACAUACACCCAGUAUGAUAUUUAUUACUUUAAUAAGGAGAAAUCCGGAGACCUGAGCGACGAGGAUUAUGUUACGAUAUUAAAUCCGCUUUUAAUAGGAAUGGUAAACACAGUAAUAAGAGACUCUCCAGCAUUAUUAAACGUCGUUAACAAAGCCAUACCGGCAAUUUUUCAAAACACCUCAACCAUGUAUGUGACUGUCAAGGUAAAGGACAUACUAUUCGACGGUAUAAAAGUUUAUUGCAACAGCAAGGAUUUUUCAUCGAAGGCAGUUUGUACACAGCUUAAGGGUCAAAUUCCGGGUAUCAAGAAAGUUCCGAAUGAAAAGGGUGUUUAUUUAUUCUCUUUGUUGGGACCUAGAAAUGCCACCAAUCAGAAACGGUUUAAAGUACAUAAGGGGAUUAAAAACUCGAAAGACUUGGGCAAGUUGAUGGAGCUUGACGGACAAAAGGAGCUAACGAUUUGGGGCACGCCAUAUUGUAACAGAUUUAAAGGGACUGAUGGGUGGAUUUUUCCUCCCGGUCUAUCUAAGGAGGAAGGUAUUUGGUCUUUUUCUGGUGACUUGUGCAGAAGUAUUAAAGCGUAUUACGUGGAUAAUGUGGAUUAUAAAGGUCUCGAUAUAAGACGGUAUCAUGCAGAUUUAGGAGAUAUGAGCAGAAUUGAAGAGGACAAAUGCUAUUGCCCUAAAGUUUGCUUAAAGAAGGGUCUUUUUGAUUUGACUAAAUGCAUGGGUGUACCCAUUUAUGGAAGUCUCCCACAUUUUCUCUAUACAGAAGAUAUUUAUAGACAACAAGUUCAGGGAUUGGAUCCCAGGAUAAACGAUCAUAUUAUUUUAAUUUUCUUUGAACCAAUAACUGGAACGCCAGUUGAGGCGCGCAAAAGGCUUCAAUUUAAUUUACCAGUGAAUGCAGUCGGCAAAAUAUCACUUCUCAAAAACAUACCAAAAGCCAUGCAUCCCAUAUUUUGGGUGGAAGAAGGUAUGCAAUUGGAGGGAAAACUUUUCACUAAAUUAACCAUGGUAUUUGCACUGAUAAAAUUCAUGGGAGGAUUCAAAUAUUUUGGAAUGGCUGCUGGAACCGCUGUUGGUGGAACGGGAGCAUUUUUGUACAUGAGAAACAGAAACCUUAAUGACAGUUCUUCUGAUCAAAAAGUAUCAAAUAAAUCGGAAAAUGUUUUAAAUGAAAGUGUUGUAGACAAUAACAUCGACGAAAUUGAUUAUAAUAACAAGAAAAACAUAGAAAUGAGUCGAUAUUUAGGUACACCGAUCAAAGACAAUUCUUCGUAUGUCAAACAUAUUAUGUCUGGACAUGAGUUUGACAAGUAUUAAUAUGAAACACAUUAAUAUUUAUAAAGACUUACUAGAUACGUCUUUAUACCAUCAACUGUUAUUAACCGUAUAGUUAUAGAGAAAUAGUAUAUCUUAUUUCGUAUAUCAAUAAAACAUUAA